AAUCAUCAUCCAAGGCAAUUCUAAUUGGGGCUGACCGUCAUGACGAUAGUGAAUAUAGGAGCAAGUGACAUCCACAGAAUCACUUCGGGACAAGUUAUCACCGACUUGGUAUCAGUUGUUAAAGAACUAGUUGAAAAUAGUAUUGAUGCUGGCAGUAAUAAGAUUGAUAUAACUUAUUCGAAUUAUGGAUUGGAUUUGAUAGAGGUCACAGACGAUGGUAGAGGUAUUGAUCCCGCUGAUUUCGAGCUGGUCUGUUUGAAGCAUCAUACUUCUAAAUUGAGUGAUUUCAAGCAGUUGAGUGAAAUUGGGGUGUCUACUCUUGGAUUUAGAGGAGAAGCAAUGAGCUCUCUAUGUUCAAUUGCAAGUUCUGUUAUCGUAACCACUUGUACGCCUAAACAAUAUCCUAGGGCAACUCAAUUAGAAUAUAAUCACAUGGGGGUUUUGAAAAAUAAAAAAGUUGUUGUAGGGGGAUUGAAAGGUACUAAUGUUAAAAUCACCAAGAUGUUUGAUAAUCUUCCAGUUAGAAAGAAGAACUUGAUUAAAAACUUGAAGAAAGAAUUCCAUAAAUCGGUGAAUUUUUUAAUGAAUUAUUUGAUAAUAUAUCCUAAUAUUAGGUUUACAAUUUUUAAUACUAACUCACAAGGUAGAAAACAUUUAUUAAUGGGUACAAAAGGUGGACCAAAGACUACUAUCUUAGAUAAUUUGAUUAGCGUUUAUGGAACAAAUGGAGCAUAUGGAUUAGUUCCCCUUGAUAUUGAAAUGAACUUAAAAUUUUCUGGUUAUAUAUCUAAUAGUUCGUUUGGAUUAGGAAGAUCAUCAAGCGAUCGACAAUUUUUAUUUGUUAAUCAAAGACCGAUUACCAUGAAAAAGUAUUUAAAAACAAUUAAUGAAGUUUACCGAAGUUUUAAUCAUAUUCAAAACCCGGUUAUUGUACUAAAUAUUGAAUUGGAUUAUAAAUAUCUCGAUGUGAACGUUACUCCAGAUAAAAGAAUAGUUAUGAUACAUAAUGAAGAAUUAAUAAAUGAAGUAUUACGAAAUGAGUUAAUUAACUUUUACCAAAAACAAAUAACGGUUAUUCCCAAGAACAGAAAUUCUGAAAUCACAAUUAAUGGAGAGAAAAUUCUGGUUUUGAGUCAGAGAGAAGAUUUGUUGAAAAAGGGUGGGUUCAAAAAGGAGCCUACAAGAACAUUACAUGGAGUACAGGUAAAGAAGGAAAAAGAUGAUGAAAAAGAUGAUGAGAAAGAUGAUGAAAAUAAUGAAAACGACGAAAGAGAUGAUGAAGAAUCGCAAGAAGAGGAAGAAGAGCAAACACAAAAAGAACGAAAGGAGGUAGAACAAGCAGAAGCAGAGGAGGAAGACGGAGAGGACAAAGAGGGAGAGGAAGAACAGCUAGAAUCAGAACCAGAACCAGAACCAGAACCAGAGCAAGUUGAAAACAAGGUGAAAAUGGAAGAAGAACAAGAAGAAGAAGUACAAGAAGAAGUACAAGAUGAAGUACAAGAAGAAGUACAAGAAGAAGAAGAAGAAGAAGAAGAAGAAGAAGAAGAAGAAGAAGAAGAAGAAGAAGAAGAAGAAGAAGAAGAAGAAGAAGUACAACAACAAGAAGAAGUUCAACAAGAAGAAGAACAAGAAGACGAACUUGAGAAGAUAAGUUCCGAAGAAUUGGAUGAUAUGUUACAAACCAAAAAACGAAGUCAAGGGUCGACACUUGAUUUAUCACAAUUCAUAAGCACCAGUCACGAAACCUGUGAAUGCAAACACGACAACGAAGAAGACAAAUUAAGAAUAGAGAUUGGAGAACAUGUGGAAGAAAGACAAGUGAAACGACCCCGUAUAAUGAAACAACGAGACGAUAUUGCCUUUGGAGAAGAUGAGAUCGAAGCAAAGCUAAUAAUCAAGAAAGAAACAAGCGAUGAAGUAUAUAGAUUACAGAGUGAACUAAGGGUAGACCAAGACCAAUGGGAAACGAUGAUCUUACCCAAACUUAAUGGGAAAACAAAUAUAAAUAAGGUUAAAGUUGAUGAUAUAAGCCACCGAGAAGAGGCGGAAGCCAAACUAAGCUAUACGAUUAAAAAGGAAGAUUUUAAAGAAAUGCAAAUAAUUGGACAAUUCAACUUAGGUUUCAUCUUAGUGACUUUGAAUAAUCUGAAUAACUUAUUUAUAAUCGAUCAGCAUGCGUCGGAUGAAAAAUACAAUUAUGAACGAUAUUUGAAAACAAUAACAUUCGAUAAGAAUACCCAAUCCCUAAUCAAAGAACAAACGAUAGAAUUGAACAUUAUUGAUGAAAUGAUUGUGUUGGAAAAUGUUGAAAUAUUUAAGAAUAAUGGCUUCAUUAUUAAAUUUAAUCAAGAUGAUAUUCCUGGCCAAAGAAUCAAAUUAGUUUCUUUACCAGUGCUGAAACAUACUACAUUUGAUCUUAGUGAUUUUAACGAAAUCAUUCAUCUAAUUAAUGAGCACAAGUCUUCCAAUAUUAAGUGUACUAAAUGGGAAAGAUUACUUGCCAGUAGAGCUUGCCGAACCAGUAUCAUGAUUGGUCAAUCAUUAUCCCAUAAAAAAAUGUCCAAAAUCGUUUGCAACUUAAGUUCAUUACAAAAACCCUGGAAUUGUCCCCAUGGCAGACCUACAAUGAGACACUUGAUUGAGUUACAGCAAAUGCCUCAAUUCAAUCAAGAUUACAAAUUGUAAUCGGACCCUAUACCCCUUUGUGUUCCUCCUAAUCUCUCUCUACAAGUUUUAGCGAGUAACAACAAUUCUUAUAUUGUCACUUUUUUGACGUAUGAUGACUGUAGAACAGCAUGCCGUUUGUAAAUCCAACAAAUGGAUAUAUCUUGGUAUUGUACCAAUCUGUUAUUCUUGCAACCUCUCAACAAUACUCUACCUGAAAUACCCUACAUCUUUUUGCGCUUCUGGCUCUUUGCUCGUUUAUUCUCUGCCCAUUUAUUCUCUUUGCUCAUUUAUUCUCUUUGCUCAUUUAUUCUCUUUGCUCAUUUAUUCUCUAUUGUUUUCUCUUUUUCUUUCGGUAAUUUUGCUUUC